CCUAUUAAGAGCAAACUUUCUCAUUUAGUUCUGCAAGUUCAGCCCGGACUGCGCACUGUUUGCUACUUUUUCUUGCUGCUCUCCGCUGUUUUUUGUUUUGUUUUGAAAGAGGAAAAAGAGCAGGAUGCGCUUUUCGAACUUGUCUCCUCGGCUCGCCCAGGCUGGAUUGAGUUGAUCCGGACGUGUAGAUGCUGGACCGCGUGGAAUGAACAAUGGUGCCGCUCCUUGGUGCUCCGGCCGGGGGCUUCCUGCUCCGGUUGCUGUGCGUGCUGCUGGACUUGGAGCUCGGCGGCGGGGUGUCGCUUUUCCAGGGGUUCUAUCUUCCACCUGCGAACGGCUCGCUGCGCACACCUGCCCGGAGGACGGACGGGGUGGUGCGGACUAUUGAUCGGAUCUACAACGGGGGCGGCCGGGCGGGGUACUUGCUCUACCUGGACGGGAGUCGCUUCCAGCUGGACAUGGAGCGCGAUGAGUCGAUGAGCCCCCGGGACGUGCUGGCGGUGACGGGGGGCAGCGCGGAGCCUUUGCAACGGGGGUGCGUGUACCGCGGGACGGUGGACUCUCAAGCCGAGUCCCUGGCCGUCUUCAACCUCUGCGGCGGCGGCCUGGAGGGCUUCUUCGCCGUGCGCAACUUGCGCUACGCGGUCACGCCGAUCGUCCGCGCCAGGGGACGCGAGCACGACUCGCGCGCGCUCCAGGACAGGGACGCGGAGCGCGCGCUCCACGCGUUCACGCGCGAGAGCUUCACGUUCGAGGCCGAGCGCGAGGGGCGCGAGAGCUGCGGCACGCGCGACGCGCGCAGGCACGCGGCGCGGAAGCCCCGGGUCAGACUCAGGGGUCACGGCAGGACCAGGCCCGCCCCGACCGGCGCCGACACGCGGCGUAGGAGGUCCGUCUCCCGUGCCAGACAGGUGGAGCUUCUCCUGGUGGCGGACGAGACCAUGAGCAAGAAGUACGGGAAGGACCUAAACCACUAUCUGCUCACCCUGGCCGCCAUCGCGUCCAAGCUGUACGGCCACGCCAGCAUCGAGAACCCCAUCCGGCUGUCGGUGGUGAAAGUAACCACGGUCGGCGAAAAGGACAAAGGGCUGGACGUGUCCAAGAACGCGGCGGCGACGCUGAAGAGUUUCUGCAAGUGGCAGAACCAGCAAAACCCGCUGGACGACGACCACCUGCACCACCACGACGCCGCCAUCCUCUUCACUAGGCAGGACCUCUGCGGCCAUCACUCCUGUGACACCCUGGGAAUGGCGGACGUCGGCACCAUCUGCUCUCCGGAGAGAAGCUGCGCUGUCAUCGAGGAUGACGGGCUUCACGCCGCGUUCACCGUUGCCCACGAGAUAGGCCAUUUGCUGGGUUUGUCCCACGACGACUCCAAAUUCUGCGAGGAGCGCUUCGGCGUGAACAGCGACAAGAGGCUCAUGUCCUCAAUUCUCACCUCCAUCGACGCCUCCAAACCCUGGAGCCGCUGCACCUCGGCCACCAUCACCGACUUCUUUGACGACGGCAAUGCUGAGUGCCUCCUCGACUCUCCCCGCCAGCCUCUGCUGGGCCCCGAAGAGCUCCCAGGGCAGAGCUACGACGCCGUGCGCCAGUGCCGCCUGGCCUUCGGUCCGGAGUACACGGUGUGCCCCGGGAUGGACGUGUGCUCUCGGCUCUGGUGCGCAGUGAUCCGCCAGGGACAGAUGGUGUGUUUGACCAAGAAGCUACCGGCGGUGGAGGGGACCCCCUGCGGCAAGGGCCGCAUCUGCCUCCAGGGGAAGUGCGUGGAUAAAACACGCAAAAGGCACUACUCGUCAUCCAACCAUGGCAGCUGGAGCUCCUGGGGUUCCUGGGGCGCCUGCACCAGAACUUGCGGCGGUGGAGUGCAGUUCGCCCAGCGGCUGUGCAACAACCCGCCACCGCGGAACAACGGCCGCUACUGCACGGGGAAGAGAGCCAUCUACCGGUCUUGCAACGUUGCACCAUGUUCACCAUCCAAUAAGAGUUUCCGUCAGGAGCAGUGUGAGGUGCGCAACGGCCCACAAACAGACCCCAAAGGGGUGAAGACUUUUGUCGAAUGGGUGCCCAAAUAUGCAGGAGUUCUCCCUAAAGAUGUGUGCAAACUAACCUGCCGAGCAAAAGGAACCGGCUACUAUGUGGUGUUCUCACACAGGGUGACAGACGGGACCGAGUGCCGUCCUUACAGCAGCUCGGUGUGCGUGAAAGGGAAGUGCGUUCGAACCGGCUGCGACGGCAUCAUAGGCUCCAAGCUUCAGUUUGACAAGUGCGGCAAAUGUGGAGGCGACAGCACAGGGUGCAUACGUGUUGUGGGCAACUUCACCAAGAAAAGUAAGGGCUACACCGAUGUCGUGAAGAUACCUGCAGGCUCCACCCACGUCAAGGUCCGCCAGCACAAAGCGAAAGACCAGACCCGCUACACCGCCUACCUCGCCCUCCGACGACCCAGUGGGGAUUACCUCCUCAAUGGCAAGUUCAUGAUCUCCACCUCCGAGACCAUCAUUCCACUCAACGGCUCUGUGCUCAACUACAGCGGCUGGAGUCAAAAGGAUGAGUGGCUUCACAGCAUGGGCCCCGGAGCCCUCCGAGAAGCCCUGGUGGUCCAGAUCCUUGCGACAGACGCCAAAAAGCCUCUGGAUGUUCGCUACAGCUUCUUCGUGCCGCGCAGGACCACCGCUCAGCUUGUUCCUAACCUGAAUGUAGCCCGUCCGCAGGGCACCACGACGGUCCCGACCAGAACCACCACCGGUAGCGCCGCUACGUCCCCCUCCACCCCGACUCCGGCCGCUGCUCGCUCCACCUCACUGCCAGGGCCGCAGUGGGCGACGGGAGGGUGGAUGAGCUGCUCCAGGACUUGUGACACCGGUUGGCAGAGCAGGACGGUGCAGUGCAGGGACCAGGGCGGGAAACUGUCCAAGGGCUGCUUGCUGAGUUCCCGCCCCUCUGCCUUCAAACACUGUCUUGUGAAGAAAUGCUAAAAAAAAAAACGGCAGGACGGGGCUGGGAGGACUAUGGACCAAUGAACUUGGGACAUUCUGUAGACCGGGACUGAGAAUGUUGUGAAGCAAGUCUCACUGAGAGCUGGCAGAACCCAAGCUCACCCAGGGACAAUUUGGACUUUGCUUCCAAACGUCUCAUCGUCCAGCCUCCAGCUGACUCCCGAGACACGACGACCAACAAUGGACCGGUCAUGCGGUGUUGUAAACGGUGCUUAUCAGCGUGUCCGGGCAGCACAAUAAUAGUAGGAAAAGUCGGGGAAACAACUUUAGCGAGACGGAGAGAAAUUCUCUCUGCAUCAACUCAGGAAGAACGUUCUUCCUUACGACACAGACUUCAUUUUCCUAUUUCUCUGCGCAGAGUCCAGGAAAAAAAAAAAAAGAAAUUUGACUGCUGGAGGGGUAAAGUAACCACAGCCCUCCUUAACGUUCAUGGAGACAGAUCACACGUUUGGUGCAGUGCUUCAUUUUUGAAGUGUGUGUGUGCAAUGCAAAGACAUUCCACUGGCAUAUUAAUAUUUGGUAUGCACUCCCUAGCAUUCCAAAAUAUCUCGACUUAGAGCAUACAUGCUUAGACCAUGAAUGAUAUCAAUGUGUGUUAUCGUCCAGGCAUCAUCACAGAGCCCUGUGCACGUCUGCACACCUCACUGACACACACCAUUAAGAAAAAAGCUACGAGGGUU